CACUUACUGCUGUGUGUUUGUUUACCAUCAUUUCUCAAUAUCUUCUUUUGUGUUCAUCAGAAAAAAAGAAAUUCAUACAGGUUUAGAACAACAUGAGGAUGAUGAUGACAGAAUUUUCAUUUUAAAGUGAACUAUCCCUUUAAUAUUCUGAAAUUACGUCUUUAUGACGCAUGCAGCCUACAAAUGCGACCUCCGAAGGAUGCAGCCUUCUGUUUGAUUAACCUUCAAAAUAAUUUGUGAAAUGAUUUGUCUAUUUUAUUCCUUUUCCCUACAUCAUUUAAAACGGGUUGUCAUGUGAAUUACAGUUAUGUAAAAGAAGUAAAAUUUAAGAUGAAAGUGCAACAACAACAAUUUCUUCACAUUUCAAGCAAAUGUGACAACAGGAAGCUGACAUGCAUUAAAAGGGUCAUAUCAUGAAAAUCUGACUUUUCCAUGCUUAAGUGCUAAAAUUUGGUCCCCAGUGCAAUCUAGAAAAUGUAAAAAGAUCAACCCAGUAACUUAGUUUUGAUAAACCAUUCUCUGUGAGCAUGUGAAAAAAUAGGUAAAUUUAGCUCCCCUUGUGACGUCUGAAAGGGAUAAUACCGCCCCUUAAUCUGCACUGCAAUUUAGUGCAGAGAUCAGCUCAUUUGCAUUUAAAAGGACACCAAAAAUGUUUUAACAUGUUAAAAUAAAUUAUCUUUUGAGCUUAAAACUUCACAUACAUAAUUUGGGGACAACAAAGAUUUAUUUGACAUAUCAAAAAAGUCUUGUAAAAUGUCUCUUUUAACGGUGAUCAUACCGUCAUGUAUUUUGUGCAUUUACUGACAAUGCGCCUGUUUUUCAUGGUGUGCACAUGCCAAAAGAGAUUUUAAAACAAGCGCGCCAAAAAGUCACGCAGAGGCCCGCCCACCGUCCAUGUGCAUGCCGCUCAUGUCGCUUCGUCUCACGCUGUGUUUUGCAUAAAAUGUGUGUCAGUAGGACAGCGCCUUCCACGGCACAUGCAGAGGGCACAUGCAGCGUGUCUUUACCAGCGCAUAACACGCUCGAAUAAGCGCAUCCAGCUCAGCUCAGUGCUUACACACCCUCCAAUGAACGAGCACGCAAGGAUAAAGAGGAAACUGAAACCAAGGAGAUCAAGAGGCACGUUCGAGUGAGAUAAAUCCCCGUCAAAGAGAACAACAGAGCUUGACGGCUCCCACUAAAUCCAGUCACAUUUGCCAAUCACCUGAAAACGUGAUUGAUGUGGGUGUGUACGGGUGUGAGUGUAAGUCGAGUUUGACAGCCCCGCAGAAAUGCUAUGGUACUUCAGUGAGACAUCAUCCCAGACCUAUUGCGUGUUGCAUACAAGAUAGGAAGCGGAGUGUACAGGUAGCCUUGCGCUAAAGGUGCAUCUGUAUACCUGUGUGACCGUGCCGGACGUGACAGUUCCGCGAGGGUAUUUUUACCGACUAUUUGGCUCCACUGCCAAAUGCUCUGCGCGAGAGAAACCGCUUGCCUCAUUUGGGCUACACGCUGUAUGCGCAGGAAUUUCGUGACUUUUCACCUGUUUUUAUCCGACUUUUGCUUUCACAUACUGAGAGACUUUCGUGAAGACUGAUUAUUUUGAAGACAGAGACUCUAUAACAUCAAGAAUGGAUAACAGUCCUGGGAGUGUGAUUCUGUAUGCUGGUAGCAGUGGCAGUGCCAGUCCAAGUCCAGGAAGCCCUUCAAGUGGUUAUCAAACUCAAUCUCCAUCCUCUCAAUCCCAGCCCUCCUCUCCAGAAGAAGUCACCUUCACUGAGAUCGGAGCCCUCAAGCAGCAGAGAGGUGGAGGAACCCCAUCUUCUCCAAAACUGGUCUUUCAGUUCCCUGAGGUCUACAAUAACUCUUCAGCAAGCUCAAACCAGCAUAACUACUCCCACCCCAUCGCUGGCAAAAGGCCGUGUGGGUUCACUGGGACAUUCACCAAGACAGGAGGCAUGGUGCUCCUGUGUAAAGUGUGCGGAGAUAUUGCAUCAGGAUUUCACUAUGGCGUCCAUGCGUGCGAAGGAUGCAAGGGCUUUUUCCGGCGAAGCAUUCAGCAGAACAUUAACUACAAGAUGUGCGUGAAGAACGAAAACUGCAUGAUUAUGCGCAUGAAUCGCAACCGAUGCCAGCAUUGCCGCUUCAAGAAAUGCCUGUCUGUCGGCAUGUCCCGUGACGCUGUACGUUUCGGCCGCAUCCCUAAACGUGAGAAGCAACGUCUGUUGGAUGAGAUGCAGAGCUACAUGAACAGCCUCAACGAAUCAUCUAGCAUGAACAUGGAAACCUCCCCACCACAGGAACCGCCCACCAGCCCCGACGAGAACCAAUCCAAAGAGGCCAUCGGUGCCUUAUCCCGAGCCUACCAGGACAUCUUCACGACCGCGCAGGACCGCAUAAACAAAAGAUCAGGCAACAUCAAUACCAGCAGCAGAUCAAGCACCUUUCAAAACAAUCCUUCUCAGGACGCCAACUAUCCUCACGCUAACCCUCAUCCGGGGUAUCAUUCAGCCACCCAGGAAAGUUUUCGCUGCCAGGUUUCGGCUCCCACCGAGAGCAAGUGUCCAGUCUCACUGAUGGACAACAAUCGGUACACCUACGCUCCUUCGUUUAAUCAAAAUCACAGCCAAUCAGAACCCACUCAGACCAACUAUAACAGCUACCCGGUUGGCGAGUCCCAAAGCCAGACCUCGUGUCCGUUCAAGCUACCCAACGGCUCCAAAGUGCUGGCCUGUCCGUUGAACGCAUGCCCUGUGUCAGCACCUGGCGUUUCCAGUCAGCAGGUGUGGGAAUCUUUUUCGCAGUGCUUCACCCCAGCUGUUCGUGAAGUGGUGGAGUUUGCGAAGGGCAUACCAGGCUUUCAAGAGCUUUGCCAGCAUGACCAAGUCAUGUUGCUGAAGGCAGGAACUUUCCAGGUGCUUAUGGUGAGGUUUUGCUCACUAUUCAACUAUAAGGAACGAACUGUAACGUUUCUAAACGGGCAGACGUACCCUCUGGCGACUCUUAGGGGCCUGGGCAUGGGCUCCUUGCUGGAUGCCAUGUUUGAGUUUAGUUCGAAGUUGUGCUCUCUUGGCCUGGAGUCAGAUGAGAUGGCGCUUUUUAUGGCCGUGGUGUUGGUUUCUGCAGAUUGCUCUGGCAUUUCGGAUGCAGUGGCUGUUGAACAAUUGCAGGAGAGCCUCAUCCGGGCGUUGCGCACCCUAGUGACCCGACGUCGUCCUGACGACAACUCGCUCUUUUCCAAGCUGCUCCUGCGCCUGCCAGAUCUGCGCACCCUCAACAGCCUUCACUCCGACAAGCUGCUGGCCUUCCGCAUUGACCCUUGAGCUCUUCCUAUUGGUCGAUACAGCUGCCACCAAUCCCUGGCCAAUAAUGGCUUACUGACUUUUAUCAAGAGGAAAAACGCUGUUGAGCAAGUUCCCAUAGGAACCUUUAAGAUAAGGAACAUGAUGAACAGAUGCUCUCAGCAAGAUCAAAAUAAGACUUUAUCUCCAUUUAAGCUUUUACUGAUCGUAUGCAUACAUGCAUUGGCCACGUAUCCUGUCCUUCCAUUCAGCUAGCCUCAAAAGCAUUGAUGUUUAUAUUUAUCACAGAGGAAGCAAUGCCAGUCAUAUCAUCAUAAAUAAGCUUACCGCUGAACUUUGAACCAUUGACCAAAAACGGGUCAUUCCUUUGUACCGCAAUAUAAGCACAGAGUGUUUAGUCAGCAAGUACACGAUGUAUACAGUAGGAUAAUUUUAGGGACCAUUUUAAGCCGGAUGUGUGAGUGUAUGUGCCUAUGUGUUUAAGAAAGGGACUGAAUACCGUGUACAUAUGCCAUAGAUAUCAUAUAUGCAGUUAGAUCGAAUACAAACUUCAUCUGUGUUCGUAUUAAAUGUACACAAAAUGUACUGUAUCUACAAGAUCACUUUACCAUUUAAGUUGUAUGAAAAGUUACAAAGAAACAAGUAACUGGUUUUAAAUGUCAUUUCAUGUUUGGAAAUAGAUAAUGCAAGCGUCAUAUUUGUUCAUUUGCAUUUUAUAUCAUUAUCACAAUACUGUAUUUCAAGUAUAUUACCACCUAUGAGUAUAUACAAAACCAGCAAACAUUCUCCUACGCAUGUUUUAUAGUUUUUCUUGUGGUUUUCUUACUGUAAAUAUUGCAAAAUUACAUUAUCAAUGGAUGAUCGCAGUAUGUGCAGUCGUUUUGGGACGUUAUUGACGGAGAUGGUGCAUUUGGUGCCUUGUACGCUGUGGACUGUAUAUCUGUGCAUUGAGGGAAAGGCCCUGAACUUUAAGCACCAGCAGAGACCUACAGGACCUUUAUCAAGAAGACCUGCUUUUAUCCAUUGACUUAUGGUUGUUGAAAUGAUGUUAAUCAUAUAGUAAUGUAUAUUUUGUAAAUUGUUUUCUUCUGUAGAAGCAAUAUAAAUAUAAGAUUAUCUA